AUGCCCCUGCUCUAUACUUCCAGAACUGAGCCGCCAUCUUCGCGACUCCUAAUCGACGUCGUUUCCUGGUACUGCGCCGUCGCCAUCUUGGGCCUGAUUCUGAUCGGCUCUAUCAGAGAAACCUCCUCCUCCGCCUCCGCUGAUGACGGUAGCCAGAUGCUCAGAGGAAACUUGCUGACGGGGCGGGCGUGCGAUGAGAUUUACGUUGUCGGAGAAGGAGAAACGCUGCACACGAUUAGCGACAAGUGCGGUGACCCGUAUAUCGUGGAGCGGAACCCGCAUAUCCAUGACCCGGAUGACGUCUUCCCUGGUUUGGUAAUCAAAAUCAUCUCCUCCCACAACCCUCCCAAGCUGGGAUUCCAAACUGGUUAA